UCCAAAACAAAAAACACUCAUUUGAUAAAAUUCUUUUAGUUUCCGUGACAAAAUGCCUUCACCAAACUAAUUUUAGUUUGAUAGAUAGUCCUUCUCAUUAAUUUAUUGUAUAAAAUCUCUUAGUUUCUGUUUGAUUUAAUCUGCACCUGAAAUGGCAGCAUCAGGGGGUGAAAGAGAAGUAUGGAAGGCGCAUACGGCUAUGGCGAUGGUGCAGUUAUUUAACGGAGGAUAUCAUGUUAUUACCAAAGUGGCUCUCAACGUUGGUGUUAAUCAGCUUGUUUUUUGUGUCUGUCGUGAUCUCAUUGCCCUCUCAAUUCUCGCUCCCUUAGCUUAUAUUCGUGAAAAAAGGAUUCGGCCGCCAAUGACGAAACAAUUCCUUGUGUCAUUUUUCUUCCUUGGGUUAACAGGGAUAUUUGGCAACCAGCUAUUGUUUCUUCUAGGCCUUAGCUACACAAAUCCAACUUAUGCAGCUGCAAUACAACCCUCAAUCCCAGUCUUUACAUUUCUCUUGGCAGUGAUGAUGGGUACAGAAAGAAUAAAUUUGCUUAAAAGUGAAGGUCAAGCAAAGGUUGGAGGCACCAUUGUCUGUGUUUCUGGUGCAAUAUUGAUGGUUCUGUUUCGUGGUCCAGCUUUCUUUGGUUAUAGUGAAGAAGACUUUGCUACAAAUGAAAUAAGUGCUAAGGGUCAACCAGAGCCUUCCGGAUGGUUCUUGUCUAGCUUACUGAACAUGGGAUUGGAUGGUUGGCACCUUGGAGUUUUAUGCUUAAUAGGGAAUUGUAUGUGCAUGGCUGCGUUUUUGGCCAUUCAGGCUCCAGUUUUAUCAAAAUAUCCUGCAAGCCUUUCUGUCACAGCUUAUUCAUAUGCUUUUGGAGCUCUAUUGAUGGUAGUGACAGCACUUUUUAUGACCAAUGGUUCAACAGAAUGGAAUCUGACACAAUCCGAGAUUUGGGCUGUCAUCUAUGCUGGAGUUGUUGCUUCUGCACUUAAUUAUGGACUACUGACAUGGUCCAACAAGAUCAUGGGACCUGCUUUGGUUGCACUUUACAAUCCAUUACAACCUGCUGCUUCUGCUUUCUUGUCGAGAGUUUUUCUUGGAAGCCCCAUUUACUUGGGAAGCAUAUUGGGUGGUUGCCUAAUCAUUUCUGGUCUUUAUUUGGUAACUUGGGCGUCGCACAGAGAAAGACAGGCAUUUGCUGGGAUAAUUUCAUAUGUUACCCGGGGCUCAGAACCACUCAUUCAUAAAGAUGCAUCAGCUAACAAGGGUGCGUAUCAUAGAGGAAACUUGCAUUCAGGGUCCUCCGCAUUGCCAAAACCUACAGAUAAAGCAGUCAUGUAGAUGAGAAUUAUCUCGGUUGGAUGAACAUAGCAGAGAAUCCAUCGAAUUGCAUCCUUUUCCUACAGAUAUAUGAAAAGGUACACGUCCCCAUGAAUUCUCAUGCGGUUGAGACUUGUGGAUUUUUGAUAGGCAUGGAUCUGGAAGAAAUGAGGUAAACCUAGCAAAUUCUGCAAUUUAACUAUAGAACUGAAUUAGGACAGAGCGGAAGCAAAAUCAGUGAAUGGUAACUCCUAUUUCGCUGUUCUGCCUAAUUACUAUCUGCUUCUAAUAUUUCUGGUUCACGUAGAAGUUUGCUUUUCCUUGACUCGAACGAUAACCUAAAACUCUUUAUCGGAAUUAUGAGUAAGAAUGUAAAACAGAGAGAAUUUUUCUCCGUGCUUGCUCUGCAUUAACUUAUUUUAUAUUUACAAAUUUUCUGUAAUGUUUCAUGCAUAUGCUACCUUGCUUGAAAUCACUAAUAUAUCUCGGCUAAUUUGCAACAUCACAUGGGAGAAAUGUAAAGUUGGUGUUGUAUUCA